CAUGUAUAAGGGAAUACGGGUCGCUCCCUUCUGCCAGCUUUCCUUCGACCUGGUCGGCCUUUGCACUCUUUCCUGAAGGCUGCGAUCUUCAUUCCUUUCCUUCGUUGGCCGGUACCUACCCCUGCUUUCUUUUCAUUCUGCUGCCAGUGGCAUCGCAGUCGGUCCUGUCUUCACGCCAUCCUCAACGCGAGUGACCGUGAUAGACUUCCAGAACUGCUAAUUUUACUACCUGGGCUUCCACUUGUGGCCGCCUUCUUUUCUGUGUUUUUCUUAGUUGCUGCUACCUGUCUUCGGUGCUGCGGAGCAGGCCUCACUCGCUUUAAUCGUCGACCUAGUUGGCUUGCUAGUUUUUUCCAGCUGUUUUUCCAGCAUCUUCGUUUGUUUCCUGAAGCCUCAUCGCCACUCCUUGAAGAGAGUAAAGAUACGCACCGACACGCCCGAGCCGAGCCCUAUCGACCGCUUUAUAUACAUACACCCGCACAAAAAAAAAGAGCCACGAUGUUGGUUCAUCGUCUUCCGCUGGCGGUUCUCGCCCUAAUUUCCACAGCCCUCGCCGCGCCGAGCCCGAACCCGCCGCCGCCGGCCCAGGCGCCCCCCGCCGAAUGCAAGCCGAGCACGAGCACCAUCACGCAGCACGUCACGCAGACGGUCGAGGCUAAGCCCGUCACCCACACCGUGACACACACCCAGUCCGUCACGCAGCACGUCACGCAGCACGUCACCCAGUCCGUCACCCAGCAUGUCACGCAGGUCAAGACGGAGACGGUCCACGUGACCCAGACCGCCGUCAGCACCGUCGAGAAGACCAAGACGGAGGUGAAGACGGUCCAUGUCACCCAGACGGCCACCAGCGUCAAGACGGAGAUGAAGACUGUGCACGUCACGCAGGUUCACACCCAGACUGCUACCCACACGGUUGAGAAGCCCGUGACGCAGACCAAGGAGGUUACCAAGACCCAGACGCAGGUUCACACCCAGACUGCUACCCACACGGUCGAGAAGCCCGUGACGCAGACCAAGGAGGUUGUCAAGACGGUCCAUGUCACCCAGCCCGUCACCCAGACCAAGGAGGUUGUUAAGACGGUCGAGAAGCCCGUGACCCAGACGGUACAUGUCACCCACGCCGUUACCCAGACUAGGGAGGUUGUCAAGUCCGUCCCUGUCGUUUCCACGGUCCAUGUCACGCAGACGCAGACUAUGGAGGUCGUCAAGUCCGUGCCGGUUGUUUCGACCGUGCACGUGACCCAGACCAAGGAGGUCGUCAAGUCGGUCCCUGUCGUCUCGACUGUUCACGUCACCCAGGCCGUGACGCAAACCAAGGAGGUGGUCAAGUCGGUGCCCGUGGUCCACACCCAGGUCGUCAGCCAGGUCGUUACUACUACUGUUACUCAGUCUGCCGCUCCCGUUGUGCAUACUGUUACUCAGUCUGCCGCUCCCGUUGUGCAUACUGUUACCCAGUCUGCCGCGCCUGUCGUCCAUACCGUCACCCAAUCUGUUGCCCCCGUGGUGCACACCGUCACCCAAACCGCGGCUCCCGUCGUUCAUACGGUUACCCAGUCGGCACCCCCUGUCGUCCAUACCGUUACUGCGACCAUCACCCAGUCGGCCGCGGCUGCCCCUGCUCCUCCUCCGGCCACCGUUACCCAGGUUCACACCCAGGUCCAAACGGUUACCCAAUCCGCUGCUCCCGUUGUGCACACCGUUACCCAAUCUGCGGCACCUUUUGUCCAUACUGUUACGCAGUCCGCUGCGCCGGUCGUUCAUACCGUCACCCAGUCCGCCGCUCCCGCCGUCCACACGGUUACGCAGUCUGCUGCCCCUGUCGUGCACACGGUCACUCAAAGCGCCGCCCCUGUCGUCCACACGGUCACUCAGAGCGCCGCCCCGGUCGUCCACACGGUCACGCAGUCCGCUGCCCCCGUUGUUCACACGGUCACGCAGUCCGCUGCUCCCGUUGUUCACACCGUUACCCAAACCGCCGCGCCAGUUGUUCACACCGUAACGCAGUCUGCCGCUCCUGUUGUGCACACCGUCACACAAUCGGCAGCCCCUGUUGUUCAUACCGUAACGCAGUCUGCCACCCCCGUGGUCCAUACCGUUACGCAGUCCGCUGCCCCGGUCGUCCACACUGUUACGCAGUCUGCCGCCCCGGUUCUGCACACCGUCACGCAGGUCCACACCGUCUCGGCAGCGCCCGUGGCCCCUAUGGUCCACACCAUCACUCAGGUUCACACCGUCACCCAGUCCGUUGCUGGCCAGCCCAUGGUCCAUACCGUCACUCAGCACGUUACCCAGCACGUCACCCAGCACCAAACGGUGACCCUGACUGCCGCUCCUCAGACGGUGACUGCUCCCGCCGCCGCCCACCCCGCCCCUCCCCCGGCCCAUCCCAUGCCGGCUCCCCCUCCGGCCCACGCCGCGCCGGCUCCUCCUCCUCCAGCUCACGCUAUGCCGGCUCCUCCUCCUCCAGCUCACGCCGCGCCGGCUCCUCCUCCAGCUCACGCUAUGCCGGCUCCUCCUCCGGCCCAUAGCAUGCCGGCUGCUCCCCCUGCUCACGCCAUGCCGGCUCCUCCUCCGGCCGCCGCCCACCCGGCCCUCCCCCGGCCCAAGCCAUGCCAGCCCUCCCCCGGCGCACACCAUGGCCCCCUCCCCGCCGGCGCACACCAUGGCGCCUCCAGCUCAGCCGAGCCCUGCGAUGCCUGCCGCUCCCGCGGCCGGCAUGCCGCACGAGGCUCCGGCCGCCGCGGCCCCCGUGCACAGCCCUGAGCCCAUGCGGCUCAGGUCGCGCAUAUUCCGCAGCCGGUGGUGAAAAAGGGUUUCGACAAAGAUCUAAUAAUCUGAAAUUAGCACGGCGCUGCUGCGGGGAAGAACAGCACGACACGAGAACCUCCUCUUCUUCUCUCUCUUUUUUUUUUCUCCUUCAUCCCUACAAUGUACAUAAUAAUCCCCAUGAGGCUUUCGGACGGACGCCUCUUGAGAAGGCAGGUUUGAGGUGUUGGGCUUUUGUUCACCGCAGUGCGAGAAUGCUGGAAGAUCCCGCGAAACCUCGAAGAGCUAUUAAACCUUAUUACUCCUAUUUUCCCUGCCCCUAUUUUGUCAUUCUAUUCUACUCCCCCAUGACCACUCAUGUCUUUAGGCUUGUUCUGUUUUCUUUUUUUGUUUCCAUUUUCCUUUGUAAUGCAUCUCCAGGGGACGUAAGGGAAGAGCUCCAGGUUCUGACCGCUGGAGCUUUUUAUUUGUUGCGUAUAGAGGCUUGCGGACGACGUUGAUACCCUCUGCCCCUCGCCGGGGACCUGCAUACUAGACGAAAAUCACCACCGCAUCCAAGAACAUCUCUGACCCAGCCCUCGACACGAUGUAUCUACUCACUCCCUAUCCUCUACCUAAUUCCGCUCGGGAGAGCGCGUGUAAAUCAACAGCUGGGCACAGCGCCGGACGCCGUAGCCCUACUCCACCUCA